AAAGAAGCCCAGCGUUCUCCAGGAUUUUUAUGCAUUCGAUUUCUACAUCUUUUACGUGUGAUCUCUGUGGCUUUAAGAUCCCAUAAGUUGAGUGGGCUCCCCCGUUAUCUAAGAAAAGUUGUUUAAAUGCUUUGCUCUGCAAGCACCAGCAGAGAACUCAUAAAAACGGAAGACAGUAGCAGAUGCAAUCGCGGAUGUGGCUUUAGUCUUUGCAGCUGCCCCAGAGAGCCGUUCAGAGCAGACAGUCCUCAGCAAUGAAUCCAGAAGAGCGAAUCGUGACAUGGCUUAUAUCCUUGGGGGUUUUAGAUUCCCCCAAAAAGACCAUCUGUGAUCCGGAGGAGUUCUUGAAGUCUUCGCUGAAAAAUGGGGUAGUGCUGUGCAAACUGAUCAACAGACUUAGGCCUGGCUCUCUAGAAAAGUUCUGUUUGGAGCCGCAAACCGAAGCUGACUGCCUCAACAACAUCAGUGACUUCCUGAAAGGAUGUACAACCCUUCAGGUGGAGGCGUUUGAUCCUGAGGACCUUUAUGCAGGGGUCAAUUUCUCCAAGGUUCUGAGCACGCUUUUAGCUGUCAACAAAGCAACAGAAGAUCAGCUAUCAGAAAGACCAUGUGGACGUUCCUCUUCUCUUAGUGCUAAUAGUUCUCAGACAAGCCCACAGGGAGCAGUUGUUAGCACAGCUCCAGGGCUGCAGAGGCAGUCAAAGGCAGUGGAGAUGAUGGAAAAUGGAGGCCACCAGUUGAUAGUAAAGGCAAGAUUCAACUUUAAGCAGACUAAUGAAGAUGAACUGUCAGUUUGUAAAGGGGACAUCAUUUAUGUCACCAGAGUUGAAGAAGGAGGCUGGUGGGAAGGCACAUUAAAUGGCAGAACAGGCUGGUUCCCUAGUAAUUAUGUCCGAGAAAUUAAGUCCAGUGAGAGACCCCUCUCCCCCAAGGCUGGCAAAGGAUUCGAAACUACUCCACUUACCAAGAACUAUUAUACUGUGGUGUUACAGAACAUUUUGGACACGGAAAAGGAUUAUGCUAAAGAACUUCAGUCUCUGCUUGUCACUUACUUAAGACCCCUGCAGGCCAAUAACAAUCUGAGUACUGUGGAGUUUACAUCUUUAUUGGGGAACUUUGAAGAAGUAUGCUCAUUUCAACAGACGCUCUGCCAAGCCUUGGAAGAAUGUUCAAAGUUUCCAGAAAACCAACACAAAGUAGGAGGCUGUCUACUGAACCUCAUGCCUCAUUUUAAAUCUAUGUAUCUGGCUUACUGCGCAAACCACCCUUCAGCUGUCAAUGUACUCACACAGCACAGCGAUGAUCUGGAACAAUUUAUGGAAAGUCAAGGUGCGUCCAGCCCAGGUAUCCUCAUUUUAACAACCAGCCUCAGCAAACCGUUCAUGCGACUGGAAAAGUAUGUUACUCUCUUGCAAGAGCUGGAACGCCAUAUGGAGGAUACGCAUCCAGACCAUCAGGAUAUUCUGAAAGCGAUCGUAGCAUUCAAAACUCUCAUGGGGCAGUGCCAAGAUCUAAGGAAGAGAAAACAGCUGGAGUUGCAGAUACUUUCUGAACCUAUUCAGGCGUGGGAAGGAGAGAGUAUUAAAACCUUGGGGAAUGUUCUGUUUAUGUCACAAGUGAUGGUGCAGUAUGGAACAUGUGAGGAAAAAGAGGAGCGGUACCUCAUGUUGUUUUCAAGUGUCUUGAUAAUGUUAUCCGCAAGUCCUCGGAUGAGUGGCUUCAUCUAUCAGGGAAAAAUACCAGUCGCGGGAAUCGUGGUGACCAGAUUAGAUGAAAUCGAAGGCAAUGACUACACAUUUGAAAUCACAGGUAACCUAGUAGAGAGGACUGUGGUCCAUUGCAACAACAGCCAGGACUUCCAGGAAUGGCUGGAGCAGCUGUGCAGACUGAUCAGGGGACCUGCCUCUUGCAGCUCAUUAUCCAAAACAUCGUCGUCCUCUUCUGGUGCUCAUUCCUCUUUUAGCUCUACCGGACAGCCCCGAGGACCCUUGGAGCCUCCUCAAAUUAUAAAACCGUGGAGUUUAAGUUGUCUACGACCCGCACCUCCACUUAGACCAUCAGCAGCACUAGGUUAUAAAGAGAGGAUGUCUUAUAUCUUAAAGGAGUCUAGUAAAAGCCCCAAAACGAUGAAGAAGUUUCUUCAUAAAAGAAAGACGGAAAGAAAGCCAUCGGAGGAGGAGUAUGUGAUUCGGAAAAGUACGGCUGCUCUGGAAGAAGAUGCUCAGAUCCUGAAAGUGAUCGAAGCCUACUGCACCAGCGCAAACUUUCAACAAGGCCAUGGCUCAAGUGCUCGCAAAGAUUCGCUUCCACAGGUCUUACUCCCCGAGGAAGAGAAGCUCAUCAUUGAAGAAACCAGGAGCAACGGCCAGACCAUCAUUGAAGAGAAGAGUCUUGUCGAUACUGUUUAUGCCUUGAAGGAUGAGGUCAAAGAACUGAAACAGGAAAAUAAAAGAAUGAAGCAAUGCCUGGAAGAAGAAUUGAAAUCAAGGAGGGACCUAGAAAAGCUGGUCCGGAGGCUGUUGAAGCAAACUGAUGAGUGUAUUCGGGCCGAGUCCAGUAGCAAGAUCUCCAUCCUUCCAUAACCAUCACUGUGCAGCUGGGCAGAUGUUGCCUUCGGGACAUCUUGAAAUGUCCAGCUUCAAACGCUCUGUUUGCUCACUUCUUCGGUUUUCAUUUUGUAUCAGAGUCAGUCUCUCUUUCUCUCUCUCUCUCUCUCUCUCUCUCUCUCCUUCGCUUUCUCUCUCUGUCUCCCUGUUUGCUUGAGUGUUGGUUGGUUGGUUAUUGGUUGGUUGUUUU